CCCCCCGCCCCGCCCGGACCCCCCCGCCCCGCCCGGUCCCGCCCGGUGCCGCCGCUCCCCGCUCCGGUGCCCGCUCCGCUGCCGCCGCGCCAUGAGCAGCUCCCAGUUCAACAAGGGCCCGUCCUACGGCCUCUCCGCCGAGGUCAAGAACCGGCUCGCCCAGAAGUACGACCCGCAGAAGGAGGCAGAGCUGCGGACGUGGAUCGAGAGCGUCACCGGGCAGCAGAUCGGGCCCGAUUUCCAGAAGGGGCUGAAGGAUGGAGUCAUCCUCUGCGAGCUGAUGAACAAGCUGCAGCCCAACGCGGUGCGGAAGAUCAACCGCUCGGCUCAGAACUGGCACCAGCUCGAGAACCUCUCCAACUUCAUCAAGGCCAUGGCCAGCUACGGCAUGAACCCCGUGGACCUCUUCGAAGCCAACGACCUCUUUGAGAGCGGGAACCUGACGCAGGUGCAGGUGUCGCUGCUGGCGCUGGCGGGCAUGGUGAGAGCGCGGGGCCGAGGGACGGGAUGGGGACACCGCGGGUGCGGUCCCUGGGGGGUGAUCCGGGACCCCCCCCUCCUUCCUCGCCACCCUUCCCGGGCAGGCCAAGACCAAGGGGAUGCAGAGCGGCGUGGACAUCGGCGUCAAGUACUCGGAGAAGCAGCAGCGGAACUUCGACGAGGCCAAGAUGAAGGCCGGGCAGUGCGUGAUCGGGCUGCAGGUGGGCUGCCCCCAAGGGAUGGCGAACCCCCAGCGCCCACCGCUGUGGUGGGGGUCUGGGGGGUGCCCUGCGGUGUCCCUGCUGCCCACCCCAUGGGGAUGGGACAGAGCCCCCGCAGGGCUGUGCCUGGUUCUCACCGAGCCCCUUUGCGCCAGAUGGGCACCAACAAGUGCGCCAGCCAGUCGGGCAUGACGGCCUACGGCACCCGGCGGCACCUCUACGACCCCAAGAACCAGAUCCUGCCGCCCAUGGACCACUCCACCAUCAGCCUGCAGAUGGGCACCAACAAGUGUGCCAGCCAGGUGGGCAUGACGGCGCCCGGCACCCGCCGGCACAUCUACGACGCCAAGAUGGGGCUGGAGAAGUGCGACAACUCCUCCAUGUCCCUGCAGAUGGGCUCCAACCAGGGCGCCAACCAGAGCGGGCAGGUCUUCGGCCUGGGCCGCCAGAUCUACGACCCCAAGUACUGCCCGCAGGGCGGCCAGCCCGAGGGGGGCGACACCGCCUGCGAGCCGGGCGCGGACCCCCCUGGGUACCACUACUACCACCAGGAGGAGAGCUGCUGAGCGGGGCCGUCCCGCGCCCUCCCGCUGCCCCCCCGCCGCCUUCCAGCCUCUCGGCAUCAUUCCCUCUUUUUUUAACUAUUUUUUUUGUUGUUAAUUUUAAAAAUGAAUUAUUUUUCGGAGCGGAGAAGCAACGCCGCCGUCGCUCGAGAAGGGACUGGCGGUGCUGCGCCCCGGGGCCGGGAGCAGCACCCUGCCCGAAACCCAAACUGGAAAUUGAUUUUUUUUGUUGGUUUUUGGAGAACUUUUGGGGACCAAGUGCCCGCCGCCUCCAGCCCAGCCCAGCUCAGCCCGGGGGGGUCCCGCUGCCACCGGGUGCCCGCAGCCUGGCUGCGCCCAGCCGCUGGCACAAAGCCACUGGUGGUGCUGGGAGCUGCUGGGAGCUGCUGGGAGCUGCUGGGAGCUGCCUGCGGCUGAGCCCCGCGGCCGCAUCCUGCACUGGGGGGGCUCGGGCUGUAGGAGGGGGGCUUCUUCCAGCCGCGGGGGGGUUUUAAUGAAGAUGCUCUAAUAUUGAAAGGUGUUCUUUUUU